AUGGAGGAAAAGAUGAUGUUCGGUAUAAAUGGCAUGGAGCAAAACGAUGCAGGAGCUCUUACGCCUGAGCAGCAAGAAAAACUCAACGAAUUUAAGGUAAAUAUUCUGUUUUCUUCAACAAGAUUUUUCGGUUAAGAAGAGACAGACGGUUUUUAUUAUUCCAAUUUUUCACGCCCAUAGAUCAACACAAGGUUUGGAAAUGAGAGAUACUUGAGGGAACAUCCAGAAGUCUCUUGUCUUUUGACUGGUUUUCUUGGGUGAGUUUCUCUUUUUGUCGUAGCAUAACGAACAUGAAAAGAAGUCUUAUCGCAUUUGAUUUGCUGUUGCUCGACUUUUUCUUGAUGAUAAGUAUUUGAACUUAUGAAUUAUAGUCAACAGUAGUAAGUUUCUUACUUUCGUGAUGUGUGUCUAAUUGCAUGAUUAGCGUGUGCUCAGCGCUUCUUUUGAUGAUAUUGUAAUUCUCACGUCCUAAACCAAAAGUUGCGAAUGUAGCAAACCUGGCUUACCUGACUUGCUAAAUCGUUGAAAUUUGAAAUUUGAAAAGUAAAAUUGAUCAAGAGUGCAAUAUUGAUAUUGGUUUAAUAAUAAGUAAAAAACAACUAUCUUGUUCCUGUUCAUGGAGGGUUUUUAAGAGAUGGAGAACAUUAAGUUGUGAUAAUUUGUGUUGGUAAAUAAUGGUAAUUGAACUAAGUGGAGUGCAAUUUGGUCUAAAAACAACGUGUGAUUACAAAAUCAAAUGAGGCAAGCCGACCAAGGUGUCAAGUAUGAUUUCAGACCAAAUUUGCAGGACACGAAGUUCAAUUAACACUUUAUUAUAGCCAGUUUGAAAUCACAGAAUUCAGUCAGAACCAAUUCAUUGAUCAAGUAGCCGAUUUGUUGAAAAAUGGAAACAAAAAGGCUUUUACAACUCAGAAAUGAUAUGAUAUGGAACAAAAAGUGGUGUGAUUUAAAACAGAAGUGACGUGAUUUAGAACCGUUGAAUGACGCAAUUUAGAACUGAUGUGAUUUAGAGCAAAAAAUGGUGUGAAUCUAAUUGCGGGGAUCACAGUUGAUUUCAAAAUGGGUGUAAUAAAAGAAAUUAUUAUUAUUUAGUGCUGGGUUUAACAGCAUGAUGAUUCAGACAUACAGUAAAAAUGAUUUCUAGUUAACUAAAAAAUUGGCCAGCAGAGUAUAUCACUAGACCCCAGUUAUUAUAGUGGUGGACAUCACCAUUGUACCCUGGGCAGACUUUCAGCCAGACAUUGAAAACUGGCCGUCGAGAAGGCUUGUUGUUCUAUAAAAUUAUAAGAUAUUACGUGAAUUUUCCUUGUAUUUCUUCCGAAAAUGGGCAUCCAUAGGAUGGCUGGACACCCUUCUGGCUAAAACCUUGACUCUGGCUAAAUCACUUUUCACUAGAUAACACAAAUGGUUUCCUUAAAACCAGGGCUUCUGAUAUUUCGCGGAAAAAAAAGCAAAAUUUCGCGGGAUUUUCAGGGGCAAAUUCGCAGAAAAAUCGGCCGAUUUCGCGGGAUUUUAGCGGAAAAAAGUCAAAUUUCGAAGGAUUUUUGGGGCAAAUUCUAAGACAAAUCGGCCGAUUUCACGGGAAAUUUCGGGGGGAACUUUGCCAAGAAACAAUCAGUAAAAAACAGCCGAUUUCGCUGGAUUUUUGUGGCAAAUUUCGCUAAAAUCGAUCAAUUUUGCGUCGAUAUGACCAGCAUUUGUUUAACGUUUUUUUAACAGGGAUAAUCAUUUGCUCUUUCAACAACGGUUCGCUCGAGAAAUGAGCGAAUGCUAAAGCUGUUUACAUUAUGGUUAGUGCCCAGUUUUUCGCAACGUUCAUCUAAGAACGCCUGGUAGUUUUGAGACGUUGUUUACUCGUUGCAGUGACGAAGUUUCAAGAUAAAUUUGGAUGUUUGGGGUGAAUAGAGCAGGUCUAAUCGCCAAGAUAAGUAUUAAAUAUGUUUUGCCGACAUGUAUUUGGAAAUAUUUCUGGCGGAUUUCGCGGUAUUUCGGGUUUUUUUUGGAAAUUUCGCGGGAUUUCGCGGAAAUACCUGAAUUUCGCGGGUCCGCGACCGCGCGAAAUAGCAGAAGCCCUGUAAAACUUAUCCACUGGAUAAUGAUUAAUGUCCAGUGGAUAACCCUAUCGAAUGUUUGAACAACUGGGCUCUGGUCCCCUUUGUCUUUUAAUAUGAGCCUGCCAGCAAACUGAAAAGCUGGCUUUACACCCCAGGGCCCAGCUGUUGGAAAGCUGAUUAGCACUUGUCCAGGGUUAAAUUUUAAUGCGGGUUUCUUUUUCUUUUGUUAAAAAGCAUUUUCUUGGAUUGUUUUUCCUACUGUUUUUAGACGGUCCAUCCAAUCAUCAAAUUGUAGAGGAAAAGAAUAAAACUGAGUUUGCUUUUUAAGCUUUGAUAUCCAAUUCAAAAUUUAGCACUAACCCUUGAUUAUCUUAACUCACUUUUGAACAACCCAGCCUAGACCUUAAGAAUUUUAAGAGGACUGAUGGUCUUUUUUAUCUUUCACAUGUCUGCAGAAGUAUUUUGCAAGAAAGACCAGAAAAUGUCAGAGAAUAUGCAUCAAGUGAGUGAGGUUUCUUUGGUAGUUUCUCAACCACAUUAGCCUGUUCACAGGCCUUCUAUAUUAUUCUCUUUAGAGUGUGCACACAGGACUGAAAACCAUAAGAUUUUACUUACUUCUGGUGCAAGAGGAAAGUGCAAAUGAGAAAACAUGCUUUGUAGACAUCUUAUUUUAUGAGCUUGGAAAUAUAUUUUUUGUUAAAUACAGUGAAACCUGUAUUGAGCGGACACCCUCGGGGAAUGCUGUAGUGUCUGCUUAAUACGGGGUGUCCGCCAAAUUCAGGUUUUGAUAGAUAAUGUCAUAUGAAGUGUCAAAUGCCAUUCAAAUGAACAGUGGAAAUGCUUAGAAUACUUCCACAGGCUAUGAUGAUAUACGUUUGCAUUUAAUCUUUAUUAAAGUGGACCAAUUGAUCAUAGUACUUUAAACAUAGAUUGCAACUCAAAUUUGAAGAAAUCAGACAAGUGAAACAAGCUCUAUACAAAAUAGAAAAAUAGAAAUAGAAAACAAUACUGUACUGUGAAACUAAUCAAAUAAGUUCAUCAAUUCACGUUUUUUAAUGUGAAAAUCGAAAAAUUUGUGGGUGACAAUCUUUUGCAUUUCCGGUGUCUGGCAUGUUGAGUGGUAGAAUUUAAUUACAAGAGUCCGUUUAUUAAAGGUUGGCAAUAAUAAAAAUGACCAUUUCAGGUACAUUGUAGGUGUCCAUGUCCGCUCAAUAGAGAUUUCAUUUAAAGUAAAGAAGGGAAAUAAAUUUGGGGACUUCGGUUACUGUCCGCUUCAUAGAGGGUGUCUGCUUUAUAAAAUUCAUGAUUUGCAAUGAAGAAAUCCCCGAUGCAAACACAAACUUUUAGCAGUAUCUUGCUUUGGGUGUUGCAACGUUUGAAACCCCUGACUAGAUGUGCAUAAAUCUUCAUAUCAUACUGAGCCUUAACCCAGGAAUUGCUGAAUAUCACCCUCCAUAUAUAUAUCACUGUUCCCAUGCAUUUCUUGUGAUAUUGGUGAGGAGAAUUUGUUUAAUAAUGAAGACCUUAGUACCCUGGUCCCAGAGGUUUUUCUUGAAAUUUUUAGUUGUAGAUGAGCAAGCGAGCUGCAAAGUGGCAAGGAGAAAGAGAAACAAGGUUUUUCCCUCUGUCCUCCCCUCUUUGCAGCUAGCUCUUUCCUUCGUGAAGGAAAAUUUGAAGGAAAACCUCUGGGACCAGGGUAAGUCCUUAGGUAGUUACAUGGUUUGAUUAUUCCCUGCUUUCUCAUGAUCUUAAGGUAAGUAGUGUAAUCAUGGCCUUGAUCUUCAAAUAACAGAAUUCUGAUUACAAAAAACUUAUUUUUUUUGUAAUGCUGAUAUUUUUGUUUAUGUUUUUAUUACAGAGUAUUUUUCAAACCCUGACUUACCCAGUAAAGUGGAAUUACAAGUUGCAGAGUUAAAUAGCAGACUUAAAAGAACAAACAGACCCUAAUGGUGAUAUCACAAAUAUCAGUGAAAUAACUUUUGCAUUUUUUAAGCUGUACUUGAUUUUAAAUAUGCUUCUGUAUAAUAUUAACUGGUCACUUUAUUUAAUAAUUAAUCUGCCACUGUUGUUAGUCGUAACUUCUCAGUUGUAAAUAAAGAUUUAUUUAUUUCUGUGUUUGCCCUUCUUUUAUUAGCAGUUUUAGAAUAGUUUUCAAUUGAUUUUUAUUAAAUCAAAAUAAUGUUGGUGUUCUUAGUCCAGCCUCGUUCACAAGAUAAUGAGUAGGAGAGGACCCUGGGAACAAGGUUGUUCUUGGUCGUGUAAAAUCCUUGACAAAUACUUAACUAUUAUUCCUCGGGCCCAAAUGGGCUCUAAGUUAUUUUCAGCCUCAUGGGCUAUUGAUUCAGAGGCCAUAAGGGCGAGAGGAAAAAUUGUUUUAGUAAAAUCUAACUAGUUGGUUAAAAAUAUCGAGAAUAAAAAAAAAUUAUCAACUUAAGGGUAGACUAGUGGGCUAUAACAUAUAGCCUAGUAGUAGCUCAACCAAUCAGAACGCAGCAUUGAUAAUGGACCACUAGUUGGAUUUUACUAAAUGUAGAUACCCUCUAGUAUCUGGUACAUUGUAAUGGUCAGUAUUGUGUGGUUGAGAUUGAACAAGAUGUAGAAGAGUGAAUUACAAAUAAGCUUUUAGUUUGAGGAAAGUAUUUCACCUACUAAGACGUUGUCUUUUGAUGUACUGUACCAACAAGUAUAAAAGGGUUGUACAAUAUAACCUAUACUUAGUGGACAAAUAUGGGAUCCUUCCUAAUGUCUGUUAAAAAGCGGAAUCUGUAGCUUGCAAGCAAACUCUCCCUUUUUUCAAAAGAAUAAACACCAGUAAGGACAAAAAUAAGUGCAGUAUGUCGUACUAACAACAAAAAUCUUUACUACAAUGGUCGCAAUGCUCUUAGAGCUGCAUAUAUCCUGUGCAAGUAGCAGUUUACAAACCAUUUAAACAGUAUACAACAUAGUGCUGCAUAGCCUUCUAUGUUUAGCUUUGCAAUAGCUUUACAAAAGAUGGCUUAUUCACCAAAAAAAAUUUAGAUGUUUUUCGUUAAAAACUAUACAACCUGUGUUAAACACGUUUUACAUGCCAAAACUCUUAUUCUUAAAAUGCAAACUAGACUUUCUAGAUAAGUUUCCAGUAUAUUGCGCAACUACUNCUGAUAUUUUUGUUUAUGUUUUUAUUACAGAGUAUUUUUCAAACCCUGACUUACCCAGUAAAGUGGAAUUACAAGUUGCAGAGUUAAAUAGCAGACUUAAAAGAACAAACAGACCCUAG